UUUCUUUUUCUCCCCCUCCCUUUUUUUCUUUUUCUUCUUUCUCUUUCUUUCUAUUUUUUUUUCUUUUUCUUUAAGGUGGGGAAAGAGACACCCAGGAGACAGGAAGCUGAUCUGCAAGAUUUCCGAGUUCUGCUAAAAGGACUUUGAUUUUUUUUUUUUUUUCCUUUACAAACGCUGGCAAUUGACAUCACUACAGACAGCCGGGUAGAGAACAAACUGCCUCCUCCCAAGUGGACCCCAGGCGUGAUCCGGGGAGACUGUGUGGGGUUUUUUCCUACAGAUCCCCGCCUCUUUCUCUUUUUGGUGUGUUUCUUUUUAAAAUUCUUGCUGUGUUGGAACUAGCGAGUGCUGGAAGACUCUCGGAAGCCUCAUCAGUCAUCGGGACUGUCAGGAAUAGUGGUUCCAGAGGAAGCUCGGCCUGGGGCACAUAGCCUGUCAUCCAGUUCCCUGCCUCGGAGAUAGCGAUUCCAGCUACAUGGGCAAACGCCUGGAUCAGCCACAAAUGUACCCCCAGUACACUUACUACUACCCUCAUUACCUCCAAACCAAGCAGUCCUAUGCACCAGCUCCCCACCCCAUGGCUCCUCCCAGCCCCAGCACAAACAGCAGCAGCAACCACAGCAGCAGCAACAGCAGCGGGGAACAGUUGAGUAAAACCAACCUGUACAUUCGAGGCCUCCCUCCAGGCACCACUGACCAGGACCUAAUCAAGCUGUGCCAACCGUAA